GCAUGUUCCAUUCUGUGUGGCUCCAGUGCUUUCGGCACAGAGAGAAGCAGCAGGGAGGGGAGGGAAUGGUGAUGUUCGGUUGGGAAGGAACAAUAGUCCUCGACGUUCCAGUCACAGGGUUCCUGCAGACUGAGCCAAGCACUCUUGAGACGGAGAGAAGGAGACGCUCUCUGGCUUUGCCUUGCCAAGCAAAGCUCAUCCACCUCUCGGUCUGCCAGCCCUGGGGGAGAUGAAGGGGGCCCAGGGAGACUCAGCCGGCAAGUCCCCCGGUGGGUUCAGAGACAUCAAUGGACUCUCCAGUAGCAGGAUGAUGGAAGAUGUUACCAAGCGGGUCUUCAAGAAGGCCAGCCCCAAUGGCAAGCUCACUGUCUACCUUGGAAAGAGGGACUUUGUUGACCACAUAGAUGUCGUCGAUCCAGUUGAUGGCGUUGUGUUGGUGGAUCCGGAGUACUUAAAAGAACGGAAAGUUUUUGUCACAUUGACAUGCGCCUUCCGCUAUGGCCGUGAGGACCUGGAUGUCUUGGGCCUCACCUUCCGGAAGGAUCUUUUCGUUGCUAAUGUCCAGGCCUUUCCCCCAGUUCCUGAGGAGAAGAAACCUCUGACACGGCUCCAGGAACGGCUGAUCAAGAAGCUCGGCGAACAGGCCUACCCUUUUACCUUUGAGAUCCCCCCCAACCUUCCCUGCUCAGUGACGUUGCAGCCGGGACCAGAGGACACAGGAAAGGCUUGUGGUGUUGACUAUGAAGUCAAAGCCUUCUGUGCAGAGAAUCUAGAGGAGAAAAUCCACAAGAGGAACUCUGUGCGCUUGGUGAUCCGCAAAGUACAGUAUGCGCCGGAGCGACCAGGACCACAGCCCAUGGCCGAGACCACGAGGCAAUUCCUCAUGUCUGAUAAACCCCUGCACUUGGAGGCCUCUCUGGAUAAAGAGAUCUACUACCAUGGGGAACCAAUCAACGUCAAUGUCCACGUGACCAACAACACCAACAAGACGGUGAAGAAGAUUAAAAUCUCAGUACGGCAGUAUGCAGACAUUUGCCUCUUUAACACAGCCCAGUACAAAUGCCCGGUGGCCGUGGAGGAGGCAGAUGACGUGGUGGCUCCGAGUUCGACGUUCUGCAAAGUCUACACCUUGACCCCAUUCCUAGCCAACAACCGAGAGAAACGAGGGCUGGCCUUGGAUGGGAAGCUGAAACAUGAGGACACCAACCUGGCUUCAAGCACUCUGUUGAGAGAUGGCGCCAACAAGGAAGUCCUGGGCAUCAUUGUCUCAUACAAAGUGAAAGUGAAGCUGGUGGUUUCUCGGGGAGGCUUGCUGGGAGACUUUGCGUCCAGUGAUGUCGCUGUGGAGUUGCCCUUCACCCUCAUGCACCCCAAGCCGAAAGAGGAACCGCUGCACCGGGAUGUUCCAGAGAACGAGGCUCCCAUUGACACAAAUCUCAUAGAGCUUGACACAAAUGAUGACGACAUUGUCUUUGAAGACUUUGCCCGGCAGAGGCUGAAGGGCAUGAAAGACGAUAAGGAGGAGGAAGAAGACGGGACAAACUCCCCACAGCUGAACGACAGAUAAGCCGGACGGCAUCUCCGCAUCUCUCUCUUUCUCUCUCUGUCUUUGUUCUGGAGUCUCAAAACAUCCGACCACUAGGCUCCAUCUCUUUUGUAUGAGUUCCCAAGAGGGGAUGGCAUUUUUUCUGAACACUGAUCCAGAGCCGUUGGCAAACUGGGCCACUUUGGGAUGCUGGGCUACCUUCUUUCAAGUGCUCCUUGUGUGGGUGGACUGUAAGAAUGACCACCAUUUGUCAGCUGUGUCUAGGGCAUGUGGUUGUGUGUAUGUUUUAUGUGUGUUGCCAUUUGGAAGUGGGGAGCAUCAUUGCAGGGUAAGGACUGUGCUCUGCUUUCUUUUUUGGCAUGGCAAGAGAAGGGUUAGAAAGGAAAACAUCACCCAACGCAAGAAUCCCAACUAAAGGUGUAUCCACACUGCAGAAUUAAAGCAGACUGAUAUCGCUUUGACUGCCAUAAUUCUUUCUUACAGAAUCAUAGGAUUUGUAUCUUGGUGAGGAACUGAUCCUGGUCUCUCAGAGCACUCUGGCAUCUCACCAAACUACAAAUCCCAGGAUUCUGUGAGAUAAGAGUCGUGGCAGUUAAAAGUGGUGCCAGACUGCUAUAAUUCUGCAGUGUGGAUACACCCCCAAAAUGAUUUCCAAACAAGGUGUAUUUCAUAGAAUCAUAGAAUCAUAGAGUUGGUAGAGACCAUAAGUGACUGGAUGUCCUAACUGCAAAGGAGAAUGAGGCACUGCUAAAUGGAGGGCAUUCAAGAAAAAGGGAGGGCA